UUCAAAUUAUUUGUCAUUUGAUUUGUCAACAUCAGUUUUCACUUUUCCAAAUUAACAGUAUUUUCCUAUGUAACUUUCUUUGCGCAAUUUCUUUAACAAAAUUUUUAGUGAUACAAAUUAAAGAUGCCGAAAACCUUUGGACCUGGUCCGGGGGCGUAUAUGCUCCCAUCAACUGUUGGCUAUGAAAAACACGACAUUUCCCGCUAUAGAAGUCCCCAGUAUACAAUGCGUCCCCGAUGUGGAAUAGGAGGGAAACCAUUUGGACCUGGACCUCAAUAUAAUAUUGACAGUGUUACUCGUUAUGGCAAAGUUUCACCACCAGCUUUUACAUUGUCGCCAAAAUUAAAAGGCUUGGCAUCUUUUAGAACUCCCGGGCCAGGAACGUAUUCCCCUGAAAAAGCUCCAAGAAUGAAAGACCCACGGCCUCCAGCAUACUCCAUGGCGGCUAGAUUGCCGGGAAUGAAAAAAUUUAAUACCCCUGGCCCCAAUCAAUAUGUAGUGCCCAGCAGUUUGGGACCAAAGGUUCCUAACAAACCGGCAGCGGCUGCAUAUACAAUGGCGAAAAAAUUAGAUACAAAAGGGCAAGCAAGGUCACCUGGGCCAGCUCAGUACGGUGGCACUAAUGCAGAAAUUUACAAGACUCGAGCGCCCCUUUACACUAUGAGUGGUAGACACGAGGGAAGUAGGAAGCCAGGAUCACCGGGACCUGCAGCUUAUUUACCUAAAAUUGGAGGGCACGUUCCCGGCGGUAUAUCAUUUGGUAGACGAUGCGAUAGACAACCGUACGUUACUGCUGACGAUCAGUUACCUUGUAUAGACUAAUGUAUCGGAAAAUAAAAUACAGGAAAUCA